AUGGCUUCACCCACCAAGGAUCCCAUCACCUGCCACGUGCUUGAUACUCAGGCUGGUCGCCCUGCACGUGGCAUCCGCGUUCGUCUCGAGGGUCCUAUCCCAGCGUCCACCAACCCGCACUCUUCUGCCCAGCCCCGGCCAAACACCUUCGAGUCCAUCACUGACGACGACGGCCGCGUUACCGCCUGGCUGCCCUAUCUUUCCGAGGAUUCUGCUGGCGACCCCCCCGUUCAGACUCUUGUGGAUGUACUUGAGGAUCGCAAGGGGCAGGGCUCAUCGCGCUGGACGCUACGCUUCGAUACUGGUGCCUACUUUGGCGAGGAGAACACCUUCUUCCCUGAGGUUUCGGUUACAUUCCGCGUCGAAGAGGGACAGACGUACCAUGUGCCUCUGCUAUUGAGCCCCUACAGCUACACUUCUUACCGUGGAAGCUGA